CAGCGGGAGCGGUUUCCCUUAAAAGAGAGGGAAAGGUUUGCGAGAGCACACAGGAAAGGCCGGGCGCUGAGCGGCGGGCAGCGGAGAAGAUGACUGCAUUCUUUAAAACGCUUCGAAGUCAUUGGAAGAAAACUACAGCUGGGCUCUGCUUGCUGACAUGGGGAGGUCACUGGCUCUAUGGAAAGCACUGUGAUAACCUGCUAAGAAGAGCAGCCUGUCAAGAAGCUCAGGUGUUUGGCAACCAGCUCAUCCCUCCCAAUGCACAAGUGAAAAAAGCCACGGUCUUUCUCAAUCCUGCAGCUUGCAAAGGCAAAGCCAGAACUCUCUUUGAAAAAAAUGCUGCCCCAAUUUUACACCUAUCUGGCAUGGACGUGACUGUCGUCAAGACAGAUUAUGAGGGACAAGCCAAGAAGCUCCUGGAACUGAUGGAGAGCACCGAUGUGAUCAUUGUCGCUGGAGGAGAUGGCACACUGCAGGAGGUUGUUACUGGAGUACUUAGAAGAACAGAUGAGGCUACCUUCAGUAAGAUUCCAAUUGGAUUUAUCCCGCUGGGACAGACCAGUAGCUUGAGUCACACGCUCUUUGCUGAAAGUGGAAACAAAGUCCAACAUAUUACAGAUGCCACACUUGCCAUUGUGAAAGGAGAGACAGUUCCACUUGAUGUCUUGCAGAUCAAGGGUGAAAAAGAACAACCUGUAUAUGCAAUGACUGGCCUCCGGUGGGGAUCCUUCAGAGAUGCUGGCGUCAAAGUUAGCAAGUACUGGUAUCUUGGUCCACUAAAAACCAAAGCAGCCCACUUUUUCAGCACUCUUCAGGAGUGGCCUCAGACUCAUCAGGCCUCCAUCUCCUACACGGGACCUACAGAGAGACCUCCCAUUGAGCCUGAAGAGACUCCUCCCCGGCCUUCUCUGUACAGGAGAAUAUUACGCAGGCUUGCCUCAUUCUGGGCACAGCCACAGGAUGCCUUGUCCCGAGAGGUGAGCCCUGAGGUCUGGAAAGAUGUACAACUGUCCACCAUUGAACUAUCCAUCACAACCCGAAACACCCAACUUGACCUGAUGAGCAAAGAGGACUUUAUGAACAUUUGCAUUGAGCCUGACAAUGUCAGCAAAGGAGAUUUCAUAAUCAUAGGAAGUAAGAAGGUGAGAGACCCUGGUCUGCGUGCGGCCGGCACAGAGUGUCUCCAAGCCAGCCACUGCACUCUGGUUCUUCCUGAGGGAACUGAGGGCUCCUUCAGCAUUGACAGCGAGGAGUAUGAAGCCAUGCCUGUGGAGGUCAAACUACUGCCCAGAAAACUGCAGUUCUUCUGUGACCCAAGGAAGAGGGAGCAGAUGCUGCAGAGCACAUCCCAGUGAGUGGCAGCAUUGCGGGCAUUCCCAGGCUGUGCUGCAAGCUACCAGUGGGACCAUAAGAGGAUGUGUGUGCUUCUGUCCCGAGUGUCACAGGAUCCCAAGGGAAUUUUCAUGGCAAGUAUCCCCGACCCCUCCUGUUUACUUCCUGUCACCCAACUUGUGGUCAGUAGUCUGUUAACCCCUGCUUCCCUUAUGUUGAGGUAGUUGAUCCUCCUACACAGUAGUUGCUUCAGGUGGGCUCAAGGACUUUGUUGUACUCACUGAGUUGGAAAGGCCUGGAGUUUUGUGAUUGCCCCCAGUGAAGAGUAGACUCUGUAGACUAAGCUCCUGUUUCAGUUCUCUGACCGUCCUGGGGUAUCCCGGGAAGCAGCUGCUGUCUCCGGGUGCCUCCUCCUCUUUCUGGGCUCUCUCAUGGGUGCUGCUCCUUUGUGAGUUCUGCUUUGGUUGGUUGGUCUCAUCUGGAAAGCAAAUGUGAGGUUGUUCCCUCUUCAGCCAUGGCAAACAUAUUGUAAAACGCCAUUUUAAAACAAACUAGUGCUUCCUCAUUGUUAGUUUGCACGUGUACAACUGAGGUGCAUGUUAAAACUAACUGACCUGGGACCCACCCCCAAACUUCGUAACUCAACCUGGCAGGAUGCCAGGAUUCUUCCUUUAAAAGACUGCUUCCCCAGGUUAAUCAACCAUACCUGAAGAAAGUGUUUUAAAUCUACUUCAUAAACUUAAAUGUAUUAUAUAUAUAUAUUUUUAAAAAUCACAUAUUUGUGUUGACAUCUAUUGUUUCCAUGGGAAGUUAAACACUUGUCAAUGUACUUACUAGUGUUGUAUAAAUAUUGUUUAAAAAUAAAAAAACUGUUUCAUCCUUCUUUUAAACAUA